AUGGCGCCCUCUGCUUCGGUGUUCAAGUCGGGUUUUCAACCUCAGGACAACAAAUUUCCGAUGGAAAGUGUCCUUCCCGACGCGGAGCAGCUCCUGCUGUUCCUCAGGAAACUCAAAGAGGUGUUCGACUUGUGCGACGAGGAUUCGGAUGGUUAUAUUCGCGUGGAGCAUUUCGUAAACCUCGGUUCACAGUUCGGCCAAGGAGACGAGGUGAAGAAGUUGGCCAAAUGCUUGGACCCAAAUGCUCAGGGCAGGAUCAACUUCAAGGACUUCUGCCAUGGAGUGCUGGCUAUCAAAGGCUGUGAGGGGGUCCUGAAGACCACACUGGGAGCUCGCAGUAUCACACAGCGUCCCUAUGAGACCGACAACGGCUUCCAGCUGCGCUGCUGUGCUGCCUCCUCAUACCAGCGCCUCUCUGCUUUCGCUGCCUCCAGCUCUGCCUUGGGACGGCAGAUUUCCUCUUCGUCUGAAGAGGAGUAA